AUGGAAAUUGAACUGUCAACAAGAUGGCUGCCGAUCCAGAAAAUGAAAAAUACUAUCUUGAGCGUGAGCAGCUCACAGUCGACUCCGAUGAUGAGUUUGAGUAUGAAGAAGUUCCUGUUGAUGAGGACUUUGUUGCACCAGAGCUAGAAGAGGAUCUGGAAUUUGCUGUUCGAACAAUUCGGGAUGUCAAGGACGAUGAAUCAGCAACUGCACGGAAGGAGGCAUCACAAAAGGCUCAGGUGACAAAACAUCCAGAGGUGGUUGAUGACUUUGUACGGAACUUUCUCGUCCGAAUGGGCAUGGAGAGGACCCUGGAUUGCUUCCAGACAGAGUGGUAUGAGCUACAGCAGCGCGGCUACCUACAUGAGGAGGAUGUGGGCGUCGUUCCGGACAUCUACUCACGCAACCAGAACCUUGACAGUGAGAUCAAGUUCCUGAAGGGGGAGGUUGAGAAAUACAAGGAUGCUGCUCUUAAAGCAAAGGACCUAUAUGUGAAGCUGCGUAAAGAACGGGACUACCACCGGAUGCAUCAUAAACGUGUCGUCCAGGAAAAGAACAAGCUCAUCACCGACAUUAAGAGAUUAAAGCGCCACUACACCCAGUAUGAGCCGACCCUUCAGCAGCUGAAGAAGAAAUACGAGGUCGCAAUGAAGGAAAAGAUGCUGUCGAAACUGGAGCGGGACCGUGCCAUGGGGCAGGUCACUGGCCUGCAGAGCACACUGAAGAGUAUGGAGUCAUUUAAGGGUGGCAGCGCUAAACGAGCUGGUGAGGCCAGUAUGAUGGGUUCGUCCACGCGCAUCUGCCAGAAGGGCGGGGUUGCGGUAGAUGUUGAAGGGCGGGGACCAACUCAGAGACAGCUGCAGGUAGAGCGGACCAUGGACGUUCAGGAACUGCCAAAGGACUUCAAGAGACAUGCAAAUGACUCUGAGUUCCCACAUGAUAUGGGUGUAAACCCGUACCUCGGGAUGGCCAAGGUGCCGUCCGGUCACCUGGCGAGGUCUGGGGGAUUCCGAUUGUCCAAUACAUUCCAGGCACACUCGCACCCCAUUAGCGGAUUGGCAUUACACCCGCGCAAACAGAUCCUGGCCACGAGCAGCGAUGACAACACUUGGAAGAUGUGGGCGGUGCCAGGGGGUGACAUUAUAAUGACGGGGGAGGGGCAUACAGACUGGGUCUCAGAGUGUGACUUCCACCCUUCAGGCACAAAGUUAGCUACAUCUAGCGGUGAUACAACAGUAAAGAUCUGGGACUUCUCGAAGGCCGAGUGUGUGCACACUUUCACAGAUCACACACAUGCUGUUUGGUGUGUUAACUGGCACUCUUGCGGGGACUUCCUGGCCAGUAGCUCAAUGGACAACACGGCCAAGGUCUGGGACCUGAACAGCGUGCGGUGUCGCUACACGCUCCGUGGACACACUGACAGCGUCAACAGCAUCGAGUUCCUGCCCUUCUCGAACACCCUUCUCACAUGCUCUGCUGAUAAGACACUCUCGUUGUGGGAUGCAAGAACAGGCCUCUGUGCACAAAGCUUCUAUGGACACAUGCAUUCUGUCAACUUUGCUACAUUUAACUUGAGGGGCGACACUGUAGCUUCAUGCGACUCAUAUGGCACAGUAAAACUUUGGGACGUCCGCCAGGGGGCGCCAAUGGUCAGUGUGGACUGUGGCCCACACCCGGCGAACCGUGUGGCCUUUGAUCCCGCAGGGCAGGUGCUUUCAGUUGCCAGCAACGACAGCACCGUCAAGAUGUAUGAAGUGGCCAAUGGAAGGAUAAGUUCCCUUGUUGGACACGAGGAUGCUGUUCAAUGCCUGAUAUUUGACCGGUCCGGCGAGUACAUGGUGUCUGGGGGCAGUGACUGUACAAUCAGAAUCUGGUCAUAAAAAGACAGCGGACGAGCUUUCAACACGCUUCAAUAAACACUCAAUAGUGAUAUUGUCUUUAAAAUUUGUAGACAUCCAUUUUACUUACAAAAUAAAUUGGACAUUUAAUAAUUUUUGUUGUUAAAUUUUCUGUUUGAAUUUUGCUGUUCUGAAAUUUUUUGCUGCGAAAUGGUUUUCCUUUUGAAAUAUGCAACCAAAAAAUUCAACACAUGCUAAAUUUAUUUUUAAAAUGAUUUACUGUUAUGUGUUAAAUUGUGAUCUGUAUCAAUUAAAAUUUAGCACAUUGUCUAUGUCUGCUAAAAAAGUUUUUGGUUCAAAACUGCCAUGGAAAAAUCUGUUUGUAUUUUGUAUAUUUUAUGAUUUAGUCUGAAAUGUUCAUGCUCUGUUAAAGAGUGAUGCAAUUCUUUUGUACAUAUGGUUAUUUUAAAAUGUAUACAAAUUCUUUAUUGUCUGUGAUAAAAUUUAAACUUACGUUGAGGAAUUAGAUAAUUAUUUAAAGUAUUAAGAAUAAAAGAUAAAACAUCA